GCGCUAUCGGACGAUCGAAUGUCAAGCGCUCCGGACUCGGGCGAGCGCAGCAUCCGGCACCAGUUUCGGCUUGGUUGGCUCCGCUGCUGCUUUGAACUCGCAAGGACACGGGUCACGUCGUCGUCUGUGUCGUCCCCGUCGUUGCCUGCCUAGCUGGCUGGCGUAAGCGGUUCCUGUCGAAGUGAACCGUUCGUCCGUUUUGGUCACCCCGUCAUUUGUUGACAGCUUUCCAAUUUCUCAGCCUUCGUCACUACUAUCUGUGCUGUACCUGUUUCGUUUUCCAUUUCCCGUGCGGUACACCUUGACUGUGAGCGAACGUGUGAACGAGUGAGUGAGUGCGCGUCUUGUGAUUUGUGGAAAAAUCUUCUUAACUUGCAGCUUCAAAAUCCGUUGCAGAACGUCCGUAGCGAAAGCGUGCCGUGUACCGUGAAAGGAAUCCAUCCGUUACGCGUGAAAAGCUUGUUGUUGUGUUUGUGUGUGUGAGUGUGUGUGUGAGAGAAGGAAACGGAAUUAAAAGAAAAUUAGCAAAGUGUGAUUCCCGUGGUGGUGUGCAAGUGGUGUGGGAACGUGAAAGCAACCGGGCUGUACAGCCAGAAGCAAGCAGAAAGGAUAUCGAACACAAUUGGAAGGAAUCGGAGCCGUGUAGCAGAAAGGAUUUUCCAGGGUGUAGAAAAGGUUCAUUUCCGGUGUCUAUCGAUUCAAAAGGACAUGGCUGGAUGGUCCUAAACGUGGCAGCAGCAGCAGCAGCAGCUUGGACCGCCUGUCCAGCGCCCGCUUGGAGGGCCUCGGCAAUGGUCUGUGCUGUGGCCACCGUGGGUUGGGAUAGUUCGAGCAGCCACGAGCCCGCUUCCGAAGCAUGCUAGUACCGCAUCCGCUUCCGACUACGGUCCAACAACGAUCGCGUUGCCAAUGAAGGCACUCGGGAGACGCACGGACGGACGGCAACACGAUCGGCAACUGACGGUAGUCUUCCUGCUUCUAACGAUAUGGCUCUCCGGUACGAGCAGAAUGUCACCGUCUGGGGUAGCGGGAACCGGUGCGGCACCCGCUGGCUCACUCAACAACAUCACCUAUAGCAACAGCUUGGUCAAGACAAAGUAUGGACCACUGCGGGGCAUCGUCUUCCGGACGGUACCGGUGGUCGUCGAGGGCUUCCUGGGUGUACCGUACGCGUCACCUCCAAUCGGCAGUUUGAGGUACAUGCCUCCGGUGACGCCGUCUACGUGGAAAUCUCCACGUUUGGUAGAUCGGUUUGCCCCAGUCUGUCCGCAAAAGCUGCCCAAGCUGGACGGUACCGAUGCGGGAGUGCUGGGAGAUCUACCAAUCGAUCGACUGAAGCAACUCCGACGGCUAGUACCGACGCUGGUCAACCAGUCGGAGGACUGUCUAUAUCUCAAUCUGUACGUGCCACACGCAGAUGAUACUGCUCAUCGGCCGGAUCACCUCAAACCAUCAAUUGUAUAUAUCCACGGCGAGUCCUACGAGUGGAACUCCGGCAACCAUUACGAUGGUUCGACGCUUGCAAUGAACGGGAAUGUUAUCGUAGUUACAAUAAAUUUUAGGCUAGGAGUUUUAGGUUUUUUGAAAACUGGUGCUAAGGGAAGUGCUCAAGGCAACUUCGGGCUGAUGGAUCUCGUGGCCGGUCUGCACUGGUUGCGCGAGAACUUGGUCGCGUUCGGGGGCGAUCCGGCAAAGAUUACGCUGAUGGGCCACGGGACGGGUGCGGCCCUCGCCAACAUCCUUGCCGUAUCACCAGUGGCUGGAGAUCUGAUCCACCGUGUGGUGCUGCUAAGCGGUUCCGCACUGUCACCGUGGGCCAUCCAGCGGGAUCCACUGUCCGUGAAGCGCAAAGUAGCCCAACAGACCUCAUGCACGGGCGACGUGGUGAACGAAGAUUUGGCCCCCUGUUUGCGGACCAAGUCACUAGCGGAGCUUAUGAAUAUAUCGUUGAGUAGUCCUAGAUUUUUGCCAGGAUUUGCACCGUUUGUCGACGGAACCGUCAUAACACCGGCCAAGGCGGCCGUUAUUAAUAAUCUUAAAAUACCGACCGACUCCGCGAUCGCCAGUACCAGCGGCAUCGAGUUCAGCAACUUCCACAAGCAGGACGUCCUGUUCGGGCUGACAACGUACGAGUCCUACCUCGAGCUGACGGCCGCGGAUCUCGAGUUCGGCUUCAACGAAACCAAGCGCGACCGCAUCCUGCGCACCUUCGUACGCAACACCUACCGGUUCCAUCUGAACGAGAUCUACUCCGCGCUGAAGAACGAGUACACCAACUGGGAACGUUCACCGAGAAGCGCCUACGGCUAUCGGGAUGCAGUGUUGGAACUGUUGAGUGAUGGGCUGACGGCGGCUCCAUUAGUUCAGCUUAGCCAUCUGCACAGCCUACAGGGUGGACGAUCGUACUUUCUACAAUUUAAGCAUCAGUCUCAUGAGUGGAAAUUCCCCCAGCGGAGUGGGUCCGUUCGCGGCGAGGAUGUGCCUUUUGCAUUAGGAUUCUCACCAUCACCGAUGUUUCCACUCACCCUCACCCGGCUGGACAUGCAGGUCAGCAGCACCGUGAUGCGUUAUCUGUGUAAUUUUGUAAAAACAGGGAACCCGAACGGACUACGGGGUUCACCGCGGAUGGAUGUGUUCGUGAACAGUAACAAUAAGCGUAGCUGGAAUCCGGCAAAGAAACCACACAACGAGACGCUCAUGCGUCAGCUCCUGUCGUCCUUUCGGCAGCAGGAUCCGCUGCAACCACGAAAUCCACUUCCGGCCAUCCCGGGCCAGUCCCUGCUGACGCCGGAGCAGGCAUUGAUGCAACAGCAGCUGCAGCAGUACUACCACAAGGAAGCCAACAACCGCCAGCAGAAACAUUCGCGCCGGAAGCGAACGAGGUAUUCUACCGACUUUCAGCGGUACAAUUCAGGCGAAACGGGUGGCUAUGGAUCGAGCGAGGAGAGCGGGCUUCCAGGCGGAUCGAACGGCAACGAUGGUCAGGACGGUGAUGAGGAUGAUGACGAUCGGCAGGACGGUGGAGAUUCGUCCUCUGGCGGGCGGGGCGAGACUGAACCGAGUUAUUACAGUGUGGACAGUGACUAUGUGUACAGUGGAUUUACGACCAUCAAGUACAAUCUACCAUUCUGGGGACAUUACGACACCACCAAUCAAGUUUUCAUGGAAAUAGGAAGUCAAGUUGUGCCGAAAAGUCACUACCGAGGACAUAAACUUUCGCUCUGGCUUAGCCUGAUUCCACAGCUGCACUCUUCCUUCAAUAUUCCCGAGCUAUCGAUGAGACACCAUCACUUCAGUGAAGAAAAUGCAAUGUUCUACGAUGGACUGGUGCGUGAACAGAUCAUAGAACCACCGCUCAUGCACAUCGGCUUUGUAACGUCGACCACCUCUAAAAUGCAUAAGACGGAAACGAUCGCCUCCACCAUACUGCAAUCCAUCUCGACGGAAUGUCCCCCCAAUAUCACCUUCAUCCAGACGGCUUCGGCAUCCUGGCCACUACACAAUUCCGCGCUUCCCGCCCAUCACGGCGACUCUAACCGUAGUCUGAUUAACCGACUGACGAACAGCUACCAUCGCAGCUACUCGACCGCACUCGCCAUCACGAUCGGUGUCGGGUGCUUUCUGCUCUUUCUCAACGUACUGAUCUUUGUCGCGAUCUACUAUCAGCGCGAAAAGCGCGAAAGCAACUCCCGCAUGAAGAUCAAUCUGCUCGAACUCGAAUCACGGCUGAACGUUGUCGAGUCUUCGUCUGGUGCUGUGGCGGCAGCUGCGGCUGCCGCUGCCGCUGCCUCUGCCGCGUCUAGCGAUGGGCAACAGCUGAAGGAGGAAACGUCUUUCAGUACCACUCAGGCACAAAAGCAGCAAUCCCUGGACACAGAUGAGCAAGUGUCCAUAAAAGGUGCAACGGGACGAGUGGCUUCAAACACCGCCAAUACUACUGCUACGCUCACUAAGGCUGCACAAAGUAGUGGACCUAACGGCAUACAGACAAUCGAACUAUCGCUGACACCACACUAUCACGGCCAUGGACAUGCGACCUCAAUGCGACGCAGUAGCACCUCCGCGAUUAAGCACUCGCAUAAGUGUGAACUUCAACAGCAGCAGCAGCAACAGCAUUUGUACCAUCAUCAUCAGUCGUCCUGCAGCAACAAUCGUACGGUUUCACCCAAGAAGGUCUCAAUCGUGUCGCCCAACCCAUCGGACGAACAAUCCUCAUCCGGAUCGGCAUCAUCGCUCGGAUCGGAUCAUCCGGCCGCUGCUGCUCAUCCGCGUGACACAAGAAGCUAUUCCGUCGUCAGUCUACCGAAGGAACUCUGCAAUCAAUCGACGCAGUACGAUCUGGCAGAAGUUUCGCACCUGCUCGUUACCUCGACCGAUCCCGCACCGCGACCAACGAUGACCAGUAUCGCCACCAUGACCAGGAGACGCGAUCUACGUGAAGACUUCCGGUCCACACCUGCCAUUAGUGGUAGUACCCGCUCCUUGGUAACGGUCAAGGACUACACGCACCGUGACGGAACUGAGCUUCUGAUGCAGGGUAGCAGUGGUGCAGGUAUCUUACGACCCCCGUCGUUGCACCAGCUUCAUCAUCAUCCUCAUCAGCACCUGCAUCAUCUACAUCAGCCACAACAACCCCUGCAGCAGCAGCAGCAGCAACAACAACAGGAAUCCUCCAGCAACAGUAAAAAGCGUGUACAGAUACAGGAAAUUUCUGUGUAGAAGCGUAACCUUCCUUUUGCGGAAGUCACGGGGAGCAUACGACGGGCGGAGGGUGGAAUCAAUCACCCACUUUUAUGUUGUUUUGUACACGAACGUACUGAAUGGUGUGUUAUCGCUUUGUGUAUGACAAUGGUGAGUCACGUGCGUCAGGGCUAGGCGUAAACUGUACAUAUAACAAUAACUUACAAAUUUUUGUGCUGUAAGAACGAAUUGAAAAUUGGCUCCUUUCGCAGGAGCAAGGAACGCACAGUCACCACGCACAGCGGGACAUUAGCGAGUGCGUGACAGGUGCCAAAUUCGUCCACCACGUGACAAGUGUAGGGAACGAAUAGUGAAAUACGGGAAAAUAAAGUGAAAUACGACCGAUAUCGAAAGU